UGCAAGCUGUCACAACUUGGGAGAUUUGCCCUUGUAAACCCUUCCCUGAUGAUGGAGCCACAGUUGCUGCUGCACUUUCCAAGUAUAUUCUAUCCAGCAAUUCCCUCUGCCUGCUAUUUUCGAUAAAAUAAAAAGCUACUUUCGCAAGGAACGCGUUCCUUCAAUUUGUCUCCGUCUAGUUACAACGUUGACACUUCUCAGGAUUAUUGCAUGGAUUCUGAAGAUCCCUCCUCUUCUACCGCGGUCGACCAAAUUGUUUCCGAUGACGAUGAAAUAGACUACACCGUCAAACCAGAAUUUUUUGACCCAUGUAGUGACGAUAAGGAUGAAGCCUGGUUGGAGCGUAAAAGGAAAGGCAGGAGCUCUGAUGCAAUACUCAGCUGCCCGGCUUGCUUUACAACUCUCUGUAUCGACUGUCAAAGGCAUGAAAAAUAUGUUACUCAGUAUAGGGCUAUGUUUGUUCUGAACUGUAAAAUUGUGGACAACCAGAGAUUACGACUACCUGCAGGUAGUAAGAGAAAGCGAGAGAGCAAAAAAAUAUCAAGGGGACAAUGCAGAAGAAACAACGACAAAUUGCCUGAAACUACCAGUGAAAACUUAAAAGAUGAAGUUUUCAAGCCAGUCUGCUGCUCUGUUUGUCAGACUGAAGUUGCAAUAUUAGAUGAAGAUGAGAUCUAUCAUUUUUUCAAUGUCAUGCCAAGCUAUGCUUAGUUCAAAUUAGUUCCAGUGGAGUGAAUCCCUCCAAAACAAUGGUUGGUGAUGUGACGGAUAAAGAGGAAUUAUGUACAAAUUGGUAGCUUUUCAUAAGCCCAUUUAAAAUUGAGAAAACUGCACAAAAUGUUUUGGCACUUAUUUGUCAUAAGACGAAACAUAUCUUUUGUAGAACCUUAAAGAUUAAUUUAAUAGACCAAACAGUGGCAUUACAAACCGGCAGAAAGUUACAUACAUUUUGCGCUACAUGUUCAAGCUUUAGGCCUAACAGCAGAUAGCUCUUGCUUUUGCUGCCUGUGUUGCAAUCUAACAAUCAAGUCUACUCAAUGGAGUUUUCCGUAGCAUGUGGCUCAAAUGGUUUUUAAGUGCAUAGUGCACAAACAUUUAAGAGAUGAGUUAAAAAUCAAUUGCAGUAAGAAUAUCAAUAUUAGUUAAUGACCAUCACAGCAACAUUUUGUCAAUGUGUCGUUACUAGAAUGCAAUAUUCAUCUGAUGCCAUAAGAGGUCUCGCGACAUUUUCACCUCUUAUGUGGAUACCAUGUUACUAUCACAAUGAAUUGGUGGUUAUCAUUAACAAAAUAAUUAUCAAACUUCGCUGUAUAAUAUUCUUUCUAAGCUUUAAGGAUCGAUGUUACCAAAUUUCAAGA